CGUCGCGGGGCCACCAGGGGGCGCCAGGCGGGCCGCAGCGACCCCGGAGAGGCGCCAUGGCCGCGGCGCGGGUGCAGCUGCUUCUGUCCGGGCGUCCGGAGUCGGCGGGCUUCGCACGGAGCGUGUGCGGCCUCCUCGGAGCCGGGCCGGGGCCCGGGCCGUGGCCCAUUCACUGCAGCUUGAAGCGCGGGCGGCUCGUCCUCUCGAGCGGGCCCUUCCCGGGCGCCUCCGCCAGGCUCCCGCUCCAGCGACCCCCUUUCUGCCCUUUCGCGGUCCUGGAGCAGCAGCCCAGGGACCCUGGGGCCAAGCUGCCCACGGAUCGCGGCGUGGGCCUGGGCGUGGCCGUCAUUCUGCAAUCCAGUGACCAGACCGUCUUGCUGACCAGAAGGGCACGCGCCCUCAGCGUUUCCCCCAACCUCUGGGUACCCCCCGGCGGGCAGGUGGAACCUGAGGAAGAGCUGCUGGAUGGAGGCCUUCGAGAACUCUGGGAGGAGAGUGGACUGCAUCUGCCCCGGGGCCGGUUCUCCUGGGUCCCUCUGGGGUUAUGGGAGUCUGCCUACCCUCCUAGGCUGAGCUGGGGUUUACCCAGAUACCACCACAUCGUUCUGUAUCUACUCGUGAUCUCCCAGGAAUCACAGCAGCAGCUGCAGGCCCGGAUCCAACCAAAUCCAAGUGAGGUGAGUGCCCUUACGUGGCUGACAGCAGAUGUAGCUGCUGCAGUGGCUGCCACCGAGGAUGGGACAGAGACCCCCGGACUUCUCCCAGAGGACCUACCGCCCUCUGUCCUUGCUGUGGAAGUAGAGGACGAUGGGAGCGCCCGGCCUCUGGUCCUGCCCACGGCUACCCUGCUGCGGAUGAUCCCAACCACGGCAGAGGACGAGGAGAGGGUCAGCACUGGAACCAAGUUUGCCCUCGGGCUCUGGCUGCAACAUCUGGGCAGAACGCCCCCACCGCGUUCAAGUGGAGCUCGCCUGGACCCAGGGCCGGCAAAGGAAGCAUGGAACAUGGCCCUUCCUCCCCCAAACCGGGGCUCUCGAAAGGGGAGUGUACGAUCCCCUCCCUCGCCCAUCUCCGUGACACUCACAGAACAUUCACAACCUUUAUUAUGGCGAGAGCUUCACUACAACUUUGGGAAUAAAAAGUAAAAUUACGACAUAGGUCUUAGGCUUUAGACGAGCCUGAAGAAGAGCGGGAAGGGGGGCACCGUGUCCUCCCACCUCCCUGGCAAGGUGCAGAAGGAGCCGGGCCUAACCACAGGGCCAUGGGCCUCUGGCUCAGGCUGGCGUGAAGAAACACUGCGAACUUAAAUAUAUAAAUAGAGAGAGACCCAGGCGACAGGCCAGGCCCUACUCCCAAAGCCCUGGGGAUCAUGGCUAAGGCCUUACAUCCUCCUCAGUCACACUGGAAGCAGGAGGCAGGGGAAGUCAUCUUUGGAGUAUUUUGGUUUUUCUUCUUUAUGUACAAAAACAUCUACCUCGACAAUCCAAAAUAAAGUUCUCUGUCCAUCUCUGAAA